AGGGGCCUGCCUGGGAGCCCCAGGCAUGAGUCCCUGGAAGGAGACUCACCUGGUGUCUGCAGGUGGCUUCCACUCCCAGAGAUGAUGGGGAAAGUUGCCUUCUCCCUGCUCCUCGCCCUGGUGCUGGUGAACCUCGGGCUCUCCUCAGAGAGAAAGUGCGUCCUGUCUGGAUUGUGGAAGAAUGAGCUGGGCUCUAACAUGAGCAUCUCUGCCGUGAACGCCGAUGGGGGAUUCACCGGUUUGUACCACACGGCGGUGACGGCCACCAACAAACCCAUCCAGGUGUCACCCCUGAAGGGGUCCCAGAAGCCCACGAGCCAGAGGAAGCAGCCGACCUUCGGCUUCACCGUGACCUGGACCUUCUCAGACUCGACAACCGUCUUCGUGGGCCAGUGCUUCAUGGAUGAUAAAGGGAAGGAAACUCUGAAGACCAAGUGGCUGCUGCGUGAGGAGGUCAGAUCCCCCGGAGCUGACUGGAAAGCGACCAGGGUCGGCACAAACAUUUUCACCCGGAUCAAGUGACAAAACGUGGGCGAAUCUGUGAGGAGUGACGGUGCCCGGUGACCCAGCAGUACCAUGACCGCACUCUGCAGCCCCAGGGCUCCUGGGCCCCCGUCCAGUAUUGUCCUGGGCUCUCUCUCAAGCGUCUCUCCCAGCCUCAGGCCUGUUUGCUGCUUACACAAUCGCCCAUCUCUGUCUCCACCUCCCCCUUGCUCUCUGGUGACCCCCCCCCCAGAAUCGCUGUUCAUGCCCCCCUAUGCUGCAGUUUAGUUCCUUUCCCAAUAAAGCUCUAGUGCAGGAAGCAAAUGAGUCUCUGGUGUUUUUAUCGCUCUUGGCCCUUGGGGUGAAGCUGUUGCUGAGCCGUGAUUCCCACCUACCCCUCCCUGGAUUCCCCGGGAGGUACCGGAUUCUGUCCUGUUAGCCAGGCCCUUCCUGGGACACCCCUUGGCAGGUUCAUCUCCCUGGUUCGCUCCUUUGCUCCCUGCCCAUGGCUGGGGGCACAGAGUGCAGCAGCCGGUGUACAGCCCCAAGGAGACGCCCUUCCCGGCUAAACGGCCCUUCGCUCGCUCGGGAGGUUCCUGUCCAGCACUCUCAGCCCUGGGUUUCAUUUCUCUCGGGCAUCCGGCACCGCCCACCUUGAGAUCUAGGCACCUGGAGCCAAAUAAACAUUUUUCACUGGAAAAA